AUGGCCGCCACAAUCUUUGAGACAGACGAGGAAAUCAAGGAAGGCCAGCUGGUUGUUCACUCCCUUUGCCAUUGUAAACUGGAUGUCCGUGAAGUUCCUGUUGAGGCGUUGCCUGAACGUGAGCACCUGAUUCCUUUCGAUGACGACGAAGGUGUCGUCCAUAUACCGCGACCAGAAUUUUUGUCUCCAAUCUCGGAAGACCAACAACUCCAGUCGUUGUUGAACCGCCUCAGCUAUCAAUCCCGAAAUCGGUGA